UCAAACCUCUCUUAACAUAGGAGAAGAGACGUCAAUUUUCUCUCAGCAUGAUUUUUUCUCGAGAAAAUCAGGACAUCAUUUUCUUUGAAAACCUUACCGUUAAAUCUGUUUGUUUCUUCUUCAGCUAUAGGUUCUAUUACUCGAAGACGAACCACAAAUAAUAAACUACACUCGUCCCCAUUCGAUUGCACAAAGCCUCGGAGAUUCGGAGGUUGCAGCUCUCAAGAUUCGAAGGCUUUGAGGUUCAUUCUAGGGUUUUCUCAAGCGAACACAUUGUAUUUUCCAUUCCACAUUCUGCUUCAAGAGAGAGUCCCUUGUUGGAUAAUUAUUUAGAAGUUUAUGAAGAUUUAUGUAAUUCAAAACAGGUAGAUCUCAUUGGUGAGGCCUUGACAGGAAGUUCAAUCAGAAAGGUUUUAGUGAGAGAGGCGAAGAAUCGGGCUGCCAGGACUGUAAUUGUGGGGAUCAGUAAGCUAAGCCCUCUCGGCUUUAGGUUCUAUUACUCGAAGACGAACCACAAAUAAUAAACUACACUCGUCCCCAUUCGAUUGCACAAAGCCUUGGAGAUUCGGAGGUUGCAGCUCUCAACAUUCGAAGGCUUUGAGGUUCAUUCUAGGGUUUUCUCGAGCGACCACAUCACGGUUGUCCUACUACCAUGAGGGUAACCUUCUCUGUUCUGGAGCUCUGGAAACUUCAACCUUGAAUAGCAUGUGGGCCAGCUAUUGCUCUCCAAGUUGCAUCUUCUAUCUUUUGCGAUUCUGGAAUCAGAGAUUGUGACUAAUAUGGGAUUGCUUAGACGCAGAAGACCCAAUGAGAUAAUGAGGCUUGUUAUAACAACUGUUAUUGGGGUUGUGUUUGGCUUCUUUUUUGGAGUAUCCUUUCCAACACUCUCAUCAAAUAAGGUGAACCUAUCCCCUAGUCUUUCUGCUUCCAUUAAUACUUCUCACAUUGAAAGCAAGUACUCAGGCAUCUCAGCACAUGCAUUGUUGGAAGUCUUUUCUUCUCUGAAGGAACAUAGAGAUAACUUGACUCAAGUUCACAGUAAUGAAACAAAGAUUUGGAUCCCAUCGAAUCCUCGGGGUGCUGAAAGCCUGCCCCCAGAUAUCAUUGUACCUGAUUCAGAUUACUAUAUCCGCAGAUUGUGGGGUGAACCAAGCGAGGACUUUACCAUCGAAAAAAAAUAUCUUAUAGCAUUCACUGUUGGUUUUGACCAGAAAGACAACAUCGAUUUAGCAGUUAAAAAGUUCUCUGAGAACUUUACCAUUCUGCUGUUUCACUAUGAUGGCCGGACAAGUGAAUGGGAUGAGUUUGAGUGGUCAAACAGGGCUAUCCAUGUGAGUGCUCAGAAGCAAACUAAAUGGUGGUAUGCCAAACGUUUUCUGCACCCCGAUAUUGUAGCGCCCUAUGACUACAUAUUUAUCUGGGAUGAGGACCUUGGUGUGGAGAAUUUUGAUGCAGAGGAAUAUAUUAAACUGGUGAGGAAGCAUGGGUUGGAUAUUUCACAGCCUGGUUUGGAUUUGUCUAGUGGAAUGACAUGGCAGAUGACUAUGAAGAGAGAUGACACUGAAGUUCACAAAGAAACUGAGGAAAGACCUGGAUGGUGCGAUGACCCGCAUUUGCCACCAUGUGCAGCAUUUGUUGAGAUCAUGGCAACCGUGUUUUCUCGAAAUGCAUGGCGUUGUGUUUGGCAUAUGAUUCAGAAUGACUUAGUUCACGGGUGGGGUAUUGAUUUUGCUCUCAGGAAAUGUGUAGCGCAUCCUGCUCAUGAGCGAAUAGGAGUUGUAGAUGCUCAAUGGAUUGUUCACCAAACUGUUCCUUCACUUGGGAACCAGGGUCAAGGAGAUGACGGAAGGGCACCAUGGGAAGGGGUGAGGGAUAGGUGUAGACAAGAAUGGGGAAUGUUUCAAGAUCGCCUGGCUUCUGCAGAGACAUCUUAUUUUACGUCCAAGGGGAUCACUCCGCCUAAUUACACUCGUCUGGGGGAUAUCUAGUCAUGGCAGCAGAAACUCUGGAUAAACUACUGAUCAACUGUUGUUUUUGUUCAACUAUUGCAGUGGAUAGCUUCAGAAUAAGAAAAUGCACCUACUGCUUCGUUGUUAAUAUUAUUUGUUCUUCUUUUUUCAGGUUUCUACCUUACUUUCCUUUUACUUGCUCAGGCGUAGAAUUGGAAAAUUUUAGCAUCUUCCCCACAGGCUCUGUUCACUUCUUUAGUACAUGUGUUUAUUUUGUUUAAUUUUUUUUUUUAGGUAAGAUACUCGAACAACCAAAUCAUACACAAGUAGUAUUAUGUCUUUCUUUC